AUGUCUCUCCAGCCUUGGAUCCAGCAGCUCUCGCAACUAUUGCCACUCGACAGUAGCGAGCUCGAGCAGAUAUUGGCCUACAAUAGUUCUCUUCCCAAAGAGGAAGCAACCAAGCAUCUUGGCGACCUUCUUGGCGAUACGCCCGAGUCAGCAGCAUUCAUCGCAGCCUUUAACAGCCGUGAAGGCGACCCAAACGGCGGCGCGACUCAUCAAGCAGAUAUCAAGAACGCGCAAGCGGUCCAACCGCCACCUUCAGCUCCGGCCGACCAUGAGAAGAGACAUCACAUUACUGGGACUCCAUCCGAUGCCGCACCUGGCGACAGCAAGGUUGGCGACAGUGCAUUGCCACCAGCCUACGCUCCACCGGUCUUCGCACCACCACCAGGCCCGCAUCCAGGCUCUGGACUAGCAGAUCGUCGCAAUCACACCAAUGCAGUCAUUGAAGCUGCUCGUGUGAGAGCUCGGGAUGAGCAGGAGAUGCAGCAAGCAUUGAUGAACCUGCAAUACGAAUACGGAAUCUACAACUCCGACAUCGAGCCCGAGCAUGAGUCGGACUACCCUUGUAGUUGUCCGAUCCACCGGUAUCAGGCGAUGAAGUGGAGACGAUAUGGCGUGCAGGACAUGUGGUCGAAGGCUGUCAGGUAUCCUGGCGAGCACUCCUACAACGACAACAUCAACAACUCGAUCUUCACGCGUAAUCCAUACAAAUUCCAGGUGGUGUCUCCAUUUGGCUAUGGAUUCCAGCGCCAAUGGACUUAUGGCGCUACUGUUAGACCUAACCCUGGCUAUCACGCCCGAAGCAUUCAUCAAACUAUUGACUUGAACAACAGUCUCAACAAAGAGGCACAGAGCAAUAUCGACGGCAAGGAGCCCAAGCACAGUAUCUGGAAUGAUGAUGCUGUCGAGCUCGCUAUGUCCAAGCUUAGCAUGAACGAGAAGUCUAAUGGCGAUCGCAAAGGCUCCGUGGCGAAUGGCAAAGAUGAGAAGGGAGCAUUGCGCGAUGAAAAAGCCUCUGUCCGCCCAGCGUUGAACUCCGUCGCCUCGCAGAGCAGUGCGGCCGACCAGCCCAAGUCUUCAAGACUCUCCAGCUUCCGCAAAUCAAUAGGCAUCAAAACAUCCGACGAACGCUUCGUUGCCAAAGCCGAAAAGGCUGGUACCCAAGGCAAAUCCCUGCGUGACCAGAUCGUGUCCGAAGAAAAUGGCCGCUGGCCCGACGAACAAUGGCGCUAUAUCGUUGCCAACUACCAAGAGAAAGUAGGCAUGACGACCAUGAUCGCCGAACUCCGUACCCGCAAACCAACCCAAUACCUCCAUCUCCUUCGAGCAGGCUACUUCGAACCCAUCCCCGUAGCAUGGGCUGCGCAAGCGUCCAACCCGCUCAAAUUCAGCAUCGAGGCGGCAGCAGGCUGGCGAGGCAUCACCCCCGCCUGGCGUGGCUACGAAGACACAGCGGAAGAACGUCUCUACUGGGUCCUGAACCACCGCGUCGGCAGCGUCGGAAUGCGCAUGAAGCCCGACUUCAUUUCCGAGAUGAACAUGGCGCGGGAUCGCAUGGCCAAGGCCGUGGAGCCGCCGCCUAGCUACUUCGAUGCGCAGGAUACUUGUCAUUUACAGCAUACGAGUGAAGGGUAUUCGAAGCAGGUCAUGCCUGCUCCGUUCCGGGCGUAUGAUCGACCGGAGACGGCGAGCGACGAUACGAUGGUUUUGUUGGAUGUGAGUGGGAGUAUGGAUUUUGAUCCGGUCAGGCCGAUUUAUGAGCAGUAUCUUAUUACUAGGUGGACACGGUCGACGCAGCCGAAGAAUAAAGAUGUGGCGAAAGCGAUUAUUCGCCGUUUCACGGAUGCUAUGGCAAAUCAUGAUCAUCAGUCUGCUGGCUAUGAUCUUACUACUUUCUCCGACCGAGCCAGCUAUAUCGGUACCAUUAACCACAAAAACUUGGACCACAUGUGGAGAGGUGUACGUCUUGGUGGCGGUACUCGUGUCAUGACUGGGUGGCAGAAAGUGAAGGAGUUGCACUUCCAAAAACACUCCGAAUCAGCAACCUACCACCCAAUCUACGGCUGGCAGGCCGGUCCCUCGACCCCUAUGCUCCGCCUCCUGCUCCUCCUAGAUGGCGAAGCAACCGACAUGGAUGAAUUCGAGCUUGAUCUUCUCGGCUUGAGUUGGGCCCACGUCACGAUCUUCCUGAUAGGUGUAGAUGGUUGUCCACAUCAUCAUCGACAUGCGAACGAGCUGCAGCGGAUCAGCGAUGUGAACCAUCAUGUUAGUUUUGUGGAUGCGCAGGGGAAUUGUCCGGAGAGGUUCGUGACGCAUGAGUUGUUGAAGAGGCAUUUGGGGUAUGAUAUUAGUAUGAGGGAGUUUGAGGGGAUGGAGGAGUUGCCGGCUUAUACGGAGUGA